AUGAAAAAAGGUUGCUUACAAUUACAUUCAAUUCAUAUUUUAUCAACACAUCCAACACAGCCCCAAGUCUAUUUCAAUAUGUUAAAAAUCAAAAGUCUAGACCAUCUCGUAUUAACUGUUAAAUCGAUUCCUAAAACGAUAAAGUUUUACGAAUCGAUUUUAGGUAUGGAAUCUCAAACCUUUGUUUCUCCCGUUGAUCCCACCAUUACUAGAUAUGCUUUGAAAUUCGGUGUUAUGAAAUUAAACUUACAUGCUUUAGACAGUCCUUUCAAGCCUCAUGCUAAGAAUCCUUUGAAUGGUACAGCCGACUUAUGUUUUCUUUUGGAUGAUGCCAAUUCAAGUGUGGUGGGAAUUAAAGGUGUCAUUGAUCAUUUGAACCAAUUGGAAGUACCAAUUGAAAUUGGACCAGUGGAGAGAAGUGGUGCUAAUGGAAAGAUUGAAAGUGUUUAUAUUCGUGAUCCUGAUGAAAAUCUUAUUGAAAUAUCAAAGUACAUAUGA